AUGUGCAAAUCUCUCAAAGCCAAAGUAGAUGAAGGAGAAACAUCCACUUCUUCUGACCCAGGUCGCUCUGGUUUCGAACACAAACCAACACAAACGGAGACCCCACAACCGCUCUCAGGCGUUAAACUGCCAAAAUCUCCAGCGGAUUGGUCAGAAGCGAACACUGCACAAUCAAACAACAAAAAAAAGGAGCUAAAACAACUAAAAGCUCAAAACUGCAAUAACGUUUUCAACACCCAUAUCUCAAAACUGAGUAAAUUAAUUCGAGAGAGAUUGAGAUUAAAAUCCUCAAAGAAAACGUGCUCCGCAAUGGAUACAAACCAGUUCAACAACAAUUUUUGGAGGGCCUGCAAAUCAUCGUUUUCAUCAUCAACAAAUGUAGCUCCUCAAUUUAAUGUGGCCGACGGUGAAACUUUUUUCCGCAAUGGAUUGAUAGCCGACGCUCGAUCCUCAUUCCAGAUUGGAUUCAUCCCCUGCCGGAACCGUCAGUUAAGGGUGACAUCGUUAAACCGACAUAUAAGGAAGUCGUGGCGAUUGUUCGAAGGUGCAAGGCGAAAGCCAUACCUUGUCCGCUGGACCAAAUUUCGGUUAUUGCGCUAA